GUUUGUGAAGAUAAAUUCUGGAAUGUUGAAUGGACUGGUGAAAAAUGCAAGAUUUCAUACUGGCAUUGGCAAGAAGGCUGUUAUAGCAAAUUUAGUCACUAGGCAGUAUUCGAGGUAUGCUUUAAAUUCCCAGUGAAGCUGCCACAAAGAAAUUUUGAGCAAGAAUUUUGAUGAAAGCCAUGCAGCAGAAGCUAAUCCGAUCAAGACUUUAUACCAAGAAGAAAUUCUUAGAGAAAUCUGCGAAGCUCAAAGGAUUCAACGAUUCAUGCUUGAAAAUGAGCCAAGAAAGAUGUUGAAUAUUAGAGGAAUUUAUCCCCAAAUGGUAAUGACUGAAAAACCGGGAGUCAGGAAAACUGCUUUCACCUUUACUUCAAAAUUUGAUUCAUCAAAGUCUGAUGAAUAUUUAAUAAGCGAGGAGGAAGCUCUCAGGAUAAUUUCUGAAAUGCAAAAGCCUACUCAGGCAAAGUAAGAACUCUUUCUCAACUUAAUAAUUUCCAGCUAUAAACUCUGGCCUUUUCUAUUCAAUAUC